GCCGCUUCUUCAGGCUCCUCCCCACCGCUCUGCUGGGGACGAAACAGGUCUGUUUGUUGUCCGGGUGCCUCGGAGACCAGCCGGAGGCGUGGCCGAUCUGGCCGCUACAGCCCUAGUGGCCAAAUGCUACCAGCACUGAAGAGGGGUGCAGACUCCCAAGGGGAGCCUCUGGCGGGGUCGACAGCAUCUUCUGGCUCUCAGGUGCCGCAAACCUCGUCUAAAAUCCGGGAUGGACAACAAUGUGUGGGUGGGCUCUUGGCGGCCCCACCGACCCCGGGGCCCCAUUGCAGCGCUCUACAGUGGUCCUGGGCCCAAGUACCAGCUGCCCCCUAGCACCGGUUAUAAGAUGCACGAUCCAUCCCGUUUUCGGGCACCUGCUUACACGUUUGGCAUCAGGACCCCAGCACACAACCUGACGUGUGGCCCAGGCCCCGGGCACCUCAUCCCGCAGCGCAUGACAGUUCGGGGCCCCGACGGCGGGCCGGCCUUCUCCAUCUACGGGCGGCCCCGAGAUUGCCGCCUGUUCCGCACUCCGGGCCCUGGUCGCUACUUUCCCGAGCGGGCCACCAAUCUCGCAUUCCCCAAAGCCCCGGGGCACUCUUUGGCCGGCCGUACCAAAGACUUUCAGGAGGACCAUACCCCCGGCCCGGCGGCCUACACGGUUCCCUCGCUCUUCGGCUGCCGUCUGAUCCACAAGACUUCGGCUCCCACUUACUCCAUCUAUGGCCGAAGUGCUGUGGGCGGCUUCUGCCAAGACCUGAGCAAGACCCCGGGCCCCUGUGCUUAUCACGAGGUGAAUCCCUGUGUGUACAAGACGAGGGCCCCGCAGUACACGAUGCAGCCCCGCACUUCCCUGCCGCAGGACAACUCCGUGAAGCCUGGUCCUGCUGCGUACCGUCCUCACAAAAUGCUGUGUCGCAAUGCUCCUGGUCCCACCUUCGGGAUCCGCCACUCCCAGUAUGAAGCCCCGCUUAUCGUGGAUCCACAAGAUUAACCCCUGGGAGGCCGGGCAGGCGAAACACCACAAAGAUAUCUCCCGUAAAGCCUCCUGGCCCAGCCCCGCCUCUGUCCAUUUGUCCGGCCGCCCCCAUCCCUUUGAGCGUCCGCGUGUGUGGCUGUGGCCGCUGCCUCCCUUCCGUCGACAUCAAGCAGGCCCCCGGCGGGCCACAGAGUAUACUUCCUUUUUCUCGGGUCCUGGGCAGCAGUGCCCCUACCGCCCCUGCAGCGGGAGCCCCUGCCCUUAGCCUAAGCCUGAGCCUGUCUGUCUGUCUGUGUGCCUGUGGCCCCGUGGGGGAAUAAACCUCGACCUCAGUGUGCUGCUUCUUGGUCCUCUCAGCCUGGCCAGCAAACAUUCCAUCAGCCCCAGGGCCAGCCAGGGCCCGCCAGGCCCAGGAGGGGAAAGAGACCCUAACAUAACAGCCUGUUUGGGGUCCUAUUUCUGGGCGCUCCGGACUCAGGCCUUGGCCCCACCCACAAGCAACUGGCUCUGCAAACUGGAGAGUACAAUUAGGAAGUGCUGCCCCCGCUGGGAAAGUUCUCCUUUCCCCACUGUGUCUUUCAGUCCUACCCUGGCCCAGACUGGCCUUUGGGUUUAACUGUUUGAGAAGCUGGCCUCCUUAAUGGCCCCGUUUAGCAUAAAGACUGUUGGACUAGAUGGUAGGGACUAGGAGGGGGAGACAGAAGGUUCCCUCGUCUUGAGGUUUCCAUCAGUCCUCAUAUGACUCUCUUACCUCAGUUCCCUUCUUGGUAAAAUGGAGAUAACAACCCAGGCACCAUCUCCAUGACUGAGCAAAGUGUUUUUCAAAUUCAGGAGCUCUAUCCACAUUUUGGUAUGCUUACCCCUUAGGGUCCCUUAAUGCCUGGAGAUAGGCCCACUUCUGAGAUCUUGAGCAUGGGGGGGGGGGGAGGGGGUUACUCUUUGCCUAACACUGUGCCAGGGGAUACAAGAGCCUUGUGAGACAACUUUAUCUAUAAAAAAAUGCUGAGUCUUCUGUUCAGGAAGAGGGGUAUUUAGCCCACAUCGGCAGGUUAGUUAGGAAAUAGCACAAGGCAGUCCUAUUGGGCUGAGGGCCAUUCCA